GAGUGCGCUGCCUGCCUGCGCUGGGCGAGCGGGCCGGGCUGGCAGCAGCGGCGCCCAUGGGCGAGAAGCGGGUGUUGUGCGUGGGGCUGGUGUGCCUCGACAUCAUCAGCGUGGUGGAGAGAUACCCGGCCGAGGACUCGGACACCAGGUGCCUGUCGCAGCGAUGGCAGCGCGGGGGCAACGCUUCCAACACCUGCACCGUCCUGGCCCUGCUGGGCGCCCCCUGCGCCUUCAUGGGCUCCCUGGCGCCCGGCCACGCCGCAGACUUCGUCCGUGAGGAUUUCCAGCGCUACGAGGUGGACCUCGCCCACGUGGUGCCACGCCCGGCGCGCGCCCUGCCCACCUCCAUGGUGAUCAGCAACUCCACGACGGGCACCCGGACCAUCCUGCACGCUGCGAGGUGCUUAGGCAACCUGCCGGACGUGACAGCUGCUGACUUUGAGCAGGUCAACCUGUCUCAAUACAAGUGGAUCCACUGGGAGGGCAGGAAUGCCUCUGAGCAGGUGAAGAUGAUCCAGCGUGUGGAGGCGUAUAACAAGACCUGCCCGCCGUCCGACCGAGUGACCACGUCCGUGGAGGUGGAGAAGACGCGGCCAGAGAUAUACCAGCUCUUCGGCUACGGAGACGUGGUCUUUGUCAGCAAGGAUGUGGCCAAGGCGAGGGGCUUCUACUCGGCCGCCGAAGCUGUCAAGGGGCUCCGCAGAUAUCUGAAGCCGGGAGCCACCCUGGUCUGUGCCUGGGCUGAGGAGGGGGCCGACGCCAUGGGACCGGACGGGGUGCUGGUUCACUCGGACGCCUUCUCCCCCGAGGUGGUGGUGGACACCUUGGGUGCUGGGGACACCUUCAACGCGGCCGUGAUCCUGGCCCUCAGCAGGGGGAGACCCCUGGCCGAGGCAAUCACCUACGGGUGCCAGGUGGCCGGCCGGAAGUGCGGUGUGCACGGCUACGAUGGGAUCGUGUGAGCGGCAAGCGGCAAGCCAUGUCUGCCCAUCUUUUCUGGGGACCUUCAUCAAGCCGUGGACCAAAAUCACACAACCCCCCUGACUCAGCGAGGAACAAGCGUGCUGCUUCUCUGAAAGGUCCGGAGGGGCUGGGCAGCCAAAGCCGGUUCUCUGCUCUGCCCGGGCCGCCCUGUAUGUCCUGGCUGGGCCUGGAUCUGGAGAGAGAGACAGAGAGACUUGCCCGCGUUGCCUCUUUGCAAAGGCCAAUCAAUAAAACGCUUGGACCAGUG